GCCCUGCAACACAUCUGACAAGCAUAUGCUGCACAGCGUUUCCUCUCCCCUGUGCCCCUUUUGGAAGCCCCACGAAAUUCACUCGACCGAAAGGUACUUCAGGCAGAGCGAGACAGACAGAGAGAGAGGUACGGGGGAAGGAAAGGGAGGACAGAACAAGACGAUCAUAGGAGAUCAGGAUAAUCAUGGGGUCCUGCAAAAAUGCAGCAGAUAUACUGAAGCUGUUUGAAUGUGCCUGAGAGGACAGAGCGAGGGAAAAAAAGCAAAAAGGGGUUAGAAAGAGGUAGAAAAAAAGAACAGAGAAGAAAAGAAAGAGAGGAAGUACAGCCAACUGGCAUAGUUUGAGUUAUACGACUCAGCUCUAAAAGUCUCAGACUGCCCAGAAUCUAAACCACACGGACUAAGUUCCUCUCUGCUCUCUCUACAACUGCAACAAGGAUGGUGCAUGAAAGAAGGAGAGUUGGAUUCAAUGCAGAACAGUAAAGAAGCAUUGUUUAAUCCAACUCUGGAUUUUGUCUAUCUGAUGCUUUUUUUGGACAGGCUCAAUUUUGUUAGUUUACAUUAAGAACCAGAUGUACAGUACAAUGGGCCUACAGAAUGGAGUGUGAUAUUGACUUCCACAAACAUUUUGCCUGGCUGGGGAAGGGAAACCUCCAUCCAUCGGGCAAUAGUGAGUCUUACCAGGAGCGGUUAUCACGUCUUGAGGAAGACAAAGAAUCUCUAAUCCUUCAGGUGAGUGUGCUGACAGACCAGGUGGAAGCUCAGUGGGCCCAGAUCAGCAAUCUACAGAGUUCUCUGGUGGAGCAUCAGCAAAAACUCAACUCCACAGAGGAGAUGCUACAGCAGGAGCUCCUGCAUCGGACGUCACUGGAGAACCAGAAGCAGAAUCUUUUGGGGGAGGUGUCCUACCUUAAACUGAAGCUGGCAGACAUGGAGGGAAAGCAGGGCCAUGGGGCUGAAAGGCAACACAAGGCAGAGACUGUAGUGAAUUUCAUUAGUGAGCUGCAGGAGCAGAUGUGUAGGUUUCAAAGGGAGAUCAAUAGCAAGAUCCAGGAGAAAAAGGUAUUGGCGUUGGAGGCGGUGUGUCCGACUGAGUCCUCGGCGGGCGAGGGCUCACACUGCUGGCUGUCCUGUGAGAGGACCUCAGAGGAGGUUCCAGAAGGGCCCGACGGGAACACACAUGGAGACAGCCUGGGAGAGGCGAGCUCAGAUGAAAACCAGCAGUACGGCUGCGGAGAGAAAAGUGGCUUAGUGAAGGAGCUCAGGAUACUCAAGGACAAAGUGGAACACCUGGAGGACCAGAAGUUACAGUAUGAGAGACAACUCACAGCAACAAAGGCAGAGAUCAGCAGCCUUCAGCAGCUUCUGCUCAGCAAGAACACAGAGAUCGAGAGUUUGCACACACAGCUGCUGGCGAGACCCUCUCCAUCCGCCGAGAGCCCGGAGAGAGAUCAGGAGAUGGAGCGGCUCAGGAGUGGAAUGAAAUCCCUGGUAGCUGCCAAUGAUGAAAAGGACCGCCAAAUUGAAGAACUCACUCUGCUCCUGAAUCAGUGCAAGCAAUUCAGAGAGGUCACUCACACAGCGAGACGAGCUCCACCUGCUGUUCGCUCACUGGCAAAUGGCAGGACUCUGUCAAGCAGCAGUGAGGAAGAAGAGAACACAGUGACGAAGAAUAGUGACUCCGCCAGUGCAAAGUCUGUGGACGUAAAGUCUGAAGUUUCCACAAGCAGCUCUUCCUCCCAACCAACAUCCGUCUCAUCAGCACAGAAGGACAGUGAAUACAGAACAGAACCUCAGACUUCAUCAAGCAGCACCAAUGACCUAACAAAUGGAGCUUUGCAAAAGAGUGGUGUGGAGGAACUUAGGAGUCAGAUGCCGAUCGUGAAUUCGGAGCAGAAUGUAAGCGAAGACAGCAGCAGUGAAAUCCAGAGCCAAAGGUCCCCAGAUGGCAGCGAAGAUGGAGACUCCAGCAAAAGAAAAAUGGAGAAGGUUGAUGACAGCCCUUCACCAGAUAAUUCCCCUGUUCAUUGUGGUGCGAACACACAGCCCCUCCAGAGAGCUGUGGGCUCACCAGAAUACAUGAAGAAUAACAGAAGCUUUAAGAGACUCUGGGGGAAACUUCGAAGAACCCAGUCUGCAGGGCUCCAGGCAGUGGAUCCAGACCUGAGUCAGUUUAGAAGAGGAGGACUACGGUCGACAGCAGGACCCAGACUGACCAGGACCCCUGAAUCUUAUGACAGUUCACGUGAUAUGAACGUUCCAUUCAGCCAGUGGACCAAAGAGCAGGUGUGUGGCUGGCUAGAGGACUAUGGACUGGGCCAGUAUGUCAAUCUUACCAGGCAGUGGGUUGAAAACGGACAGACGCUGCUGUCUGCCACACCUCAGGACUUUGAGAAGGAAAUGGGUAUGAAGAAUCCACUGCACAGGAAGAAGCUGCAGCUCGCUCUGAAGGCAUUCCCCACCAAAGUCAUAGAGAAAUCAUCACAACUGGACUACAUCUGGGUCACCCGCUGGUUGGAUGAUAUCGGCUUGCCUCAGUACAAAGACCACUUCCAUGAGGCCCGAGUGGAUGGUCGAAUGAUACAAUACCUCACAGUGAAUGACCUCUUGACUCUGAAGGUCACCAGUCAGCUUCACCACCUCAGUAUUAAAUGUGCCAUCCACGUUCUUCACGCCAACAAAUUUAACCCCAAUUGUCUCAGGCGUAGGCCAGGGGAAGAGAAGCAGCCCUCCCCCUCAGAGGUGGUGCAGUGGUCUAAUCACCGCGUCAUGGAGUGGCUGAGAGCGGUCGAUCUGGCCGAGUUUGCUCCCAACCUACGGGGCAGCGGCGUCCACGGCGGGCUGAUUAUCCUGGAGCCUCGCUUCAGCUCGGAGACUUUAGCCCUACUUUUAAACAUACCUCCUCAGAAAACGUUGCUCCGCCGCCACCUCGCCACUGCCUUCUCUACCCUGGUGGGACAUCAGGCCACGCAGGAGAAGCGGGAGUACGGCAACGCCACGGGCCAUGUGCCCCUGACUACCACUGCAAAGGUCAAGCCAAAGAAGCUGGGCUUCACGCAGUUCAGUCACCUCAGGAAGAGGAAACCUGAUGAAUGCGCGGACUACAUCUGUCCCAUAGACAGCGGGGCGGUGACGCUCAACGGGGUUUCUCGCCUUCCCUCCACAGCGCUCCGCGGCUGCAGCCCCGCCUCGGACCGACAGGCCGCGAAGCGGGAGCUAGUCGGGAUAGUAGCUCAGGCUAAUAGCCCAAAACUAUGAUUUAAAAUAAAACACACUCCCCCUGUCACUCACUCAGUAACUUUGUGAAUAAGUGGUAUUACCGAUGCAAAGGAUGUAUUAAUGGGGUAAAUGAAUGGCUGUGGUGUAAAAGAUGCUGUUGAUUGUUAAUGUAUUUGUAACCAGAUGCUGCUCUCUGCAUUCCGUACGCAGUUGGAUUCCAAAGCUUAUACUUUUGCUUUAACAACAAUUUGUAUGUAAACUUCCUCAGAUGUAGUUAAAAUUUUGGAGACACUUUUGUUUUAUCUGCAGAGUAGAAUCAUUUAGUGCAAUUCAUUCGUCUUUUGAAUUUAAAAAUGGUUCACUUCUGCACUUUUGAAUAAGGUUUGUUUGAUCUCAUUACAUUACGUUACGUGUCAUUUAGCUGACGCUUUUAUCCAAAGCAAUAAGUGCAUUUCAACCAUAAGGAUACAAACUCAAAAGAACAAGAAAUAAGAAAGUGCAAUUUUAGCAGACUAGCUUGGUUUAAAGAAAAGAUACUUAGUCCGAUUUCCGGUGGUCUGGAUGUCUGAAGGCCCAGUAGUAGAUGCACACAGAUCUACCCAAUUGUUGCCUUGUGAAUAUGCAGCAAUAUGAUCAAAACAAUGUCAAUAGUUCGUAUUUUUGUAUUUUUUGAGGCCAAGUGCUUUUGCAGCCUUUCGGGAACCUAAAUACUUACGGCUGUCACUGAACAGAUGGAUUAUAUUUACAUGUAUGGUCAGCUGUGGCUUAUUGUAGUUAUGUGAGUAACAGAUGUAGAUUGGCAAAAGAUCACUUCUUUCCUCAGGACGUUGAAUGGGCAGAAGAUCCAAGAGUGCCGACUACUGGUCAAAAUUUGAAAAAGCAAGAAUGAUUUGUGUCACAGUAUGUAGAGUACUGUGUUUAGUGUUUCCAGCCCAGCUUGAACGUGGCCUUAAUAGAGACUUUAAUGUAGCUGACAAGACUGAAAAAAACCUGUUCUGAUUUUGUUGUUGAGUUAGUGAAAAUAAAUUCUAAAAAUCAA